AUGCGUGAAAUAGUACAUGUGCAAGCUGGCCAAUGCGGUAAUCAGAUCGGAUCAAAGUUCUGGGAGGUGAUAUCCGACGAACACGGCAUAGACCCGACCGGCCACUACAAGGGAGUGAGUGAUCUACAGGCUGAGAGACUCAACGUGUACUAUAAUGAAGCAGCCGAAGGUAAAUUCGUUCCCCGGGCUGUUCUUGUGGACUUGGAGCCUGGAACUAUGGAUUCUGUCCGUUCAGGUCCAUACGGUCAACUGUUCAGACCUGAUAACUUCGUAUUUGGACAAAGCGGCGCUGGUAAUAACUGGGCUAAAGGUCACUACACAGAGGGCGCUGAGCUCGUUGACGCUGUGUUGGAUGUUAUUCGAAAAGAGGCUGAAGGAUGCGAUUGUCUACAAGGUUUCCAAAUGACACAUUCUCUUGGCGGAGGAACUGGUUCAGGCAUGGGGACUCUAUUACUGAGUAAAAUCAGAGAAGAAUACCCCGAUCGAAUUAUGAAUACCUUCAGUGUAGUCCCAUCACCCAAGGUCAGCGAAGUGGUGUUGGAGCCGUACAACGCUACUCUUUCAGUGCACCAAUUAGUUGAGAACACAGAUAUGUCUUAUUGUAUAGACAAUGAAGCUCUUUACAACAUUUGCUUCAGAACACUACGAUUGAGCAGCCCAAGUUACGGAGACCUUAAUCAUUUGAUAUCUAUGACUAUGUCAGGAGUAACAACAUGUCUUCGUUUCCCUGGACAACUGAACGCCGAUCUCAGGAAACUUGCUGUCAAUAUGGUGCCAUUCCCGAGACUGCACUUUUUUAUGCCCGGCUUCGCUCCUCUCACAGCCAGAAACUCUUUCAACUACCGCCCUCAAACCGUUCCUGAGCUCAUGAGUCAAAUGUUCAAUCCUGGUAACAUGAUGACUGCGUGCGACCCUCGACACGGCCGUUACCUCACAGUGGCGACUGUAUUCAGAGGUCACAUGUCCAUGAGAGAGGUUGAUGACCAAGUUCUGGCUGUACAGAACAAAAAUUCCAGCUACUUCGUGGAAUGGAUCCCGAACAACUUGAAAGUGGCUGUCUGCGACGUCCCUCCUCGUGGUCUCAAGAUGUCAGCUACUUUCAUAGGGAACACUACAGCUAUACAGGAGAUAUUCAAACGCAUUUCAGAACAAUUCACUGCUAUGUUCAGAAGAAGAGCGUUCCUCCACUGGUACACUGGUGAAGGUAUGGAUGAAAUGGAAUUCACGGAAGCAGCCAGCAACAUGGCUGAUCUUAUAUCAGAAUACCAACAAUAUCAGGAGGCUAACGUGGAUGAUGAAGAAGUAGGCUUCGACGAGGAAGAAGAAGAAGACGAUCAAAAUUAUGACCACAAAGAGUCAGUUCAUGUUCCACUAUAA